ACUAGGCGAUAGUGCCAGUCUGCAGUAGUAGCAUUGCAACUAUGGAACGGUGGAUCGGAAAAAUCGCUCUUGUCACUGGCGCGAGCUCGGGCAUUGGCGAAGCCAUCGCCAAAGGCUUCGUGGGAGCCGGGAUUAACGUUGUGGGUGUCGCACGCCGGGAGGAGCGGCUACAAGGGCUGUCGAAAUCUCUCGAAGGGUCCAAAGGUUCGCUCCAUCCGGUUCAGGCCGAUGUCCGGAAUGAAGCCGAUAUCUUGAAGGCGUUCAAAUACGCGGAAGAUAAAUUGGGCGGUGUUGACAUUCUUGUGAAUAAUGCGGGCAUCUGUCAUCACGAAUCAAUCACGGAGGGAUCAACCGAACAUUUCCGAGCUAUUCUAGAAGUUAAUGUUCUCGCCCCAGCUGUGUGCGCAAGAGAAGCUGUGAAAUCUAUACGUCAGCGUGGCGUGGAGGGUCAUAUUUUCAAUAUCAAUAGCAUCUUGGGGCUGAAUGCAACGCUUUCUCCCGUCCCAAUCAGCCUCUAUCCAGCGAGUAAGUUCGCCCUGCAUGCGUUAACUGAAAAUUUGAGACAGGAAACUCGUAGGAACAAAGAUAAUAUCAGGGUAACUGGAAUAUACCCAGGAAUGGUGAAAACCGAACUCCUGGAAAUGUCGGGUGGAGAUCCUAGAGCAUUUGAUAAACUACCGUACGUUCAGCAAGAAGACAUCCCUGACGCACUCAUUUACGCUCUCUCAGCUCCGCGCAAUGUGCAAGUGGAGGAAAUCAAAAUUAAUCCACUGAACAUGAGGCUCUAACGAAACCCCGUAAUCUGUUGAUUUAUGGUGAAUUCUCCUCACACACACACGUGAAAAAACUCGAUGAAAUGCUCGCUGGAAAAUUCAGUUGGGUUUCUGUUGGAAUUCUGUUGUAUCUUCAUUCAAAUUAGGUUCUAUCAACCAUUAUUAACGUAUUUGCAAUCUUAGAAAUGCACUUUCCGCUGCACUUUUUCCGAUUUUUUAAAUUGCUCUGCAGUAAAGCCUCAGAAAAAAAAAAAAAAUUGACAUCGCAUUUUGAAGUGUCUAGAAGACCUGUCAGGGAAAAUAGCCACCAAAAAUAUAAUUAGUAGAUUUAGUUAGACAUUAGUAGAUUUAGUUAGAUUUCCUCAUUUUUAUUCCGAAACUCCGGGCCGUGUACCGUGUAUGCCCACGGGAUUUCUUGAAGUAUACGAUCUAGAUCACUCUUGAUUUUGUAAUUAUUCUCGUCUCCGAGAUGUUCAUUAAUAGUAAGAGGUCACGGGAUAUUGGAGAAAUAAUUACGACGUUGAUUAAAUUGUCAUAGUGCGACGUUUCGGUAAAUUAUCGCACCUACAAUUAUUACUAUUAAUUAUUAUUAUCGUACUAUGACAAUUUAAUCAACUUCGUAAUUAUUUCUCGAAUAUCCCUUGACCCUCUCGUUACUCUUCAUUUUUUUCAGAUUUUUUCUAGAUCUUUCAAAUUUAUCAUUAUGUCGAUUUAUGUUGGUGCGGCGCAGCGCUUCCGACGCAAUCAACGGCCGUCGUAACUUUUGUGCGACUGACGGAAUUGAAAAGAAUUGGCUCUCUAUGAAAACUCUACAGAAGGAUUGUCCUUUUCCAAUUUCAAUCGAAAAUUAUGAAAUCCUACUGUAUUAUCUUCUCAUAACAGAAAAAUGUCGAUUUUUCUAUAUAACUCAAUUGCGAUUUUUCCUAUGAAAAGAUAAUUAAAUUAAGAAUUUUAAUAAAAUUUGUAAGUUUCAGCCUUAGAUUUCGAAAUGAGAGACAAAAAAACUAUGAAAUAGAAAAUGAAACAGAAUUGUUAGCGAAUUGUCCUAUUCGACGGAUAAGAGAGAAAAAAAUACUAACCAGUUGAUAUGUACUUAUAAUCAUUUUGAUUAAUCUAGAAUACGCCUUCGAAAUGAAAAUUUGUAUAAUUUUGCGACGCAUCCUUCACACCUGCUAACGGUACUAGUUCUUGCAAUUGUUAGAUUUGAAAUAUCAGGUUUAAUCCGCUACCAUUAAAAGCAAAAUUGGAGAGGAAAACAUCUGCCUUUAAUUUCAGGUCUUCAAAAUAUACUUUUCUAAUCUUA